AGACUGUGGCUCAGGUUAUGCCACAAUUUUUAAUGAGUGUGUUUUUGCUACCCAAGUCUUAUGUGUUCUAACAUUGAACGACUGAUAAAUGCGUUUUGGUGGCAUGGUAAAGGAAGUUUGGAUAAGGGUAUCCAUUGGCUUUCUUGGGAGCACAUGGCAGAACCUAAGACGUUUGGGGGCAUUGGUUUCAAGCACCUUCACAGUUUCAAUAUUGCUAUGUUGGGUAAGCAAGGAUGCCGAUUUUUCACUACCGGAUGCACUGGUGUCUCGUGUUUUCAAAGUGAGUCAAAGUGGUUACUGGGGCUUGCAGCUACUGCACCAGCUUUUUAGCCAAAGAGACAUUGAACUGAUGUUGAAAAUUACCUCAGAUGUUGGCAGGAAGGAUAUGUGGUUUUGCCCGGAGUCGGUGGAGCAUGUCUUUCUUCGGUGUCCUCUUGCAGGAGUACGGAGAAAUCUGGGUAUUGGAGGAGACAAAACUUUGUCUUUUUGGGCAUGGUUCCAGCGGCAAACUGAAAGCUGUUCAAUGGGGGAGUUACAGGUGGUCGCUUGGGCUAUUUGGGCACUUGGGAAGAGUCGAAAUACUGCAGUGUGGGAGCACCGUGUGGCUAUGCCGGAGGCUGUGACGCAGAUGAUUAACUCGAUGGUUACGGAGUGGAAGGACGGCUUUGAGGUUACUGGACAGGAUGGAGCCGUCAUUCCCCCUCAUAUUGGUCAGCCUGGUGUAACAAAAUGUUUCGUGGACGCUGGCCUCUUCCCGGAUAUCACUGUAUCAGUUAUUCUGGAGUCUGGAGAUGUAGACAUUGAUUGGCAGAAGUGAAAAUAAUCUUGCAAAUGCCGUGGCACUUUGUGUGUGUGUGGGUUCUUGGAUCCUAAGCAGACUGGAAUGAAGGUGGAAACAAUGGUUGGACAACUUGGAUCUAAAGACUGAAGAGCAUUCAUGGCAAAACUUUUAAGGUUGAUAUGUAGAAAUGUAGUUAAAGUAAUCAAGCUGGAGAAAGCAG